UAGGGUGGUUUGUUAAAACAGGCCAUAAUUCUUUGUCUUCAGUAAAUAUGUGGCACGGUUUGCUCCAUGAGCAAACGAAUCCAUAUUUAUCAUUAAUCCAGUGUAAAGACGUGCAGAACAACCCGCCAUCGGUCUCUGGCUGCUGAAACAGAGACAUUCCCGAGAUAAAGUCGGGAGUGAUGAAUGGCGUCAAAGCAGCCGGAGUGAGCCGGGGAAAGGGUCGGCCUUGUCUUGGGAGCUUUUCUGCUCCUCCAGCACAGAGAGCGUGAUGUCAGCGGUGGCAGUGCUGUUGUAAUUGACUUGGUGGGGGUGAUGGCGUCAUUUUAUGCCCUGGUGUAGCCUCCUGCUUCAAUAGCGAAGGGGAGACGGAUCUUUGGCCGACGCGACCGUGGCUCCCUUGGCCGGGAUCGAGCACCGCCGAGCCGGACACCUCACCCAGGGAAACAUGGAGGCUGCGGCCGAGGAGCUGCGGGCCGGCUCUCGGGUACCUGUCACUAUCGAUCAAAUAGUUAACGAUACACUGGUGGUGACGCUGACCUACCGAGAGAGGAGCUACACGGGGAUAUUACUCGACUGCGGCAAAAAGACUGGGCUCUUCUGUCUACCAGAUUUCACAGCAAAACUCGGGGACUGCCCAAUAUCCAAACCAGGUUGUGAAAUCCCAGAAGUUCUGAGUGAGGAGCUGGUUUCCAAUUCUCCCAGCGAGACUUCACAAAGACCAAAGGAUGAGGAGACUCUCCCCGAAAGCAGCAUACCUACUGCACCUCCUCCCUGCCCCGUCCCCACACCAGUUCCAGCUGGACCGGCUCCUUACCCUCCUUAUUUUGAAGGAGCCCCCUUCCCUCAGCCUUUAUGGGUGCGCCACAGCUACAGCCAAUGGGUACCUCAACCCCCUCCGCGACCAAUCAAGAGAAAGAAGAGGCGGACGCGAGAGCCUGGCCGCAUGACCAUGAGCACUAUCCGUUUGCGGCCACGGCAGGUACUCUGUGAAAAGUGCAAAAACACACUGAAUAGUGAUGAAGACAGCAAAGAUGGCAUGAGCAACACUAAGACGUCUAGAAAAGAAAAUUCACUACAUAGUGACGACGAUGGUGAUGACAAAGAUAUCCCCUCUAAGCUGUUGAGAAAAGAGGAUGUCGUUGCAGCCAAGGACAAUAAACGACGGGAAAAUGUCCCCAGCCUUGACAGCAAGCGCCUUAGGAAGGACAAAAAGGGGGAAGCCGACGGGGAGAAGUUCCCCGGAGGUGACGUGAUUAUCCCCCACAGUCCUGUCAUAAAGAUCUCGUACAGUACUCCACAGGGUAAGGGGGAGGUCAUCAAGAUCCCCUCACGUGUCCACGGUUCAGUGAAACCAUUUUGCCCCAAACAGCUGGUGCAGAAUGGCGUGGGUGAGAACGGCAAGGCGCUUUCUGAUCCCACCAAGGAACAACGGCACAUUCUAGAUGCCACUAGGUCUGGCCUCACUGUGUCCAUUCCCAAACUCAAACUUACUAGACCUUUCACAACUGUGGGUCAGGACUUGCCCUCUCCAAAGAUCUGCUUAAGAACCCCUCAGAGAGAGGGUGAGGAGAGUGUGGUCGAGUAUGAGGCAGAACUUGUAGACGGCACUAGGAGACGAAGCCCUAGAGUCACUGGCCCCUGCCUCCCCCACUCUGAAGACUCGGGGGAAGGCAAGAAUUCUCUGGAGUUGUGGUCAGGGAGUUCUGGAGAGGAGGCUGAGCGGGGCCACAGUGACCUUACCCUUCUCAUUAAUUUCCGCAAACGUAAAGCAGAUUCUUCUAGUCUGUCAGUCUGCAGCAGCGACAGUCUAGAUGAGUCCAAGUCCUUCAGCUCUGAUGGCACCUCACCUGAGCUGUGUGAUCUCGCACCAGGUGAAGACCUCUCUGUAACCUCAUCCUCCGUUCCUUCACGAGAGGACUGCAAGACUGUGCCACCGCUUACGGUGCGGCUGCACACGCGCAGCAUGACAAAGUGUGUAACAGAGGAGGGUCACGCUGUGGCGGUGGGAGACAUUGUGUGGGGGAAGAUCCACGGCUUCCCCUGGUGGCCGGCGCGAGUCCUCAGCAUCAGCGGUACCCGCAAACAGGAGACGGCCAGCUGUGAGGCGCAAUGGCCCCAGGCGAAAGUGUCAUGGUUCGGUUCACCCACAACCUCCCAGCUCUCCGUUGCCAAACUGUCGCCCUUCAGACAGUUCUUCAGGUCCCGCUUCAACCGCAAGAAGAAAGGGAUGUACAGGAGAGCCAUCCUGGAGGCAGCCAAAGCUGUGGGUCACAUGAGCCCAGAGAUUACGUCACUGCUUUCCCACUGCGACACGUAGGGGCUGAGGACUGCAGAGAGGUCUCCGAGGUUUUUCUGCCGAAUUCUCAGACUCUGUCAUCAAGACCCAGGAGGGAGUACGUGCGGUUGCCACGGCUACUAUUUAUAUGCCGUUUUUUUUUUCUCUCUCAAGGCUUGUGGAAAAUGGCCGCCAAGGUGGAGUGUCGUUGAGACUGGAUAAGGGAGCAAAAGGAAAAAGGCCAGGCAUCUCAUGGCCCCACAUGAACUAAACUAUUCCCACUUUUUUCUAGAUUUAAUCAUAUUUCAAUAGAGCCGAAUAAUGACACUACAAAGACCCGAAUGUAUUUAUUAUCUGUUAUCGUUUUAUUAUGAUCUGUUAAGUACACCUUUCUACUAAAGUCUCGCAAAAACCUGCCGGUCUGCUGCUGCUCUUAUCACGGUCCUCAACCACAAACGAGUCACGAGGUCCAUCUCGUCCAGCCAGAGGACGCCGGUGGUAUCUUCAAAGAACCCCACCCUGGACCAUGACACAUUUUACGAUGAUUUAAAAAGUCUUACCCUGAAUCCUCUUUACUUGUCAAACUGUGAAUGGCUCCAUCCAGAGACAGUAGUGACUGUUCCAGCUCUCCUUGCGAUCACAGUGUUCCAUCCUUGUAGCCUACAUUUGUGGAUGUAUUUAUACUGUCUCCUUUUCCAUUUCAUUUUCAUUAACUUUUAGUGAGUGUCACAUCGGCGUACUUACCCCUCUUAUACCUGAGAACCAUUUUUACAUCACUUUAAUUAUUUAAAGCAUCAUGUUUAAGAGAAAAAAAGCACUUUAUCUGUACCUUGGUGGCCUGCUGUAAGCUCACUGUCUGAAACACUAUUGAGAGAUACAGCCCUGAUAAGCAGCAGGGGGAGUUCAGACAUCUUUGUGGUUGACUAUCCAUGGCCUUGGAGAUACAUGAGAUACAAUUUUUUUGUUUUUAUUUUUUUCUAUUGUACGAUUUUUGGGGACACCAGACACAGAUGGUUGUGUACACUGUAUUCUCGCAUUUGACUUGGGUGUGUUUCUCUCUCAGCUUUUCCACCACACGAACACACACACUACAAAAAUCCACAUUUCCACUGGAGAAACAUGGGUGAACAAAUGUGUCAAAGCCCCCUAUGCAUUAUCAGUUAAAGCUUUAUGAGUGACUUUGGGAGAAAAAGAAAUUACAUGCUGUAAGAAUACUGUGAAUUCAACUGCUGAGUGUGCUGAAGACAUUUGCCGUCGUUUGCUACUAGCCUGCAGUUACUUUUGAGUCAUAUGGCAAAAAGCAGACUGCGGUGCUGACCUUUAGUGACCUUUAUGUUGAAAGCAGCACUAUUGGAAUAGGGGGAGGGAGGAGGUGAAGGCGAGAGUCGAGCACAGCCAGGUCUGUAUUAAAAACUUAACUGAAGAUUGCACACAGUCGGUCACGCUCAGCCAACCAGCCCAUCUCCUCCCUGCCUGCCUGGGAGCUGUUUGUUCAGAUGGAGGCUGAAGAACAGGCUAAAAACAAGAUUGUCAAUGAUAGAGGUGUGCUUAUUAGGGGAGCAGAUAUCGCACUCCUCCCGUUUUGAUAAUCUGCGGUUUGACUGUUUGCUAUCAAGCCCUGCUGGUGUCCAGGCAGCCUUACACAAUGAGGAGUGGGGGAGUCGACAUCUCUGUAAUCCCUGAGGGGGAAACGCUCGUCAGGAUUUUCCCUGUGUAUGCGCAACAUGGCUAUCUACUGUUGCCCACGUUGGUCAAUGUUAUUGGCCACUUUUUUGUUUUCUUUUUUUACAUGUACUGUACAUAAAAAUAAAAUAUACAAGCAA